AUGGCGGGAUGUAAAGAUUAUUCAGGGGACUAUCUUACUUAUGAUUGUUACACUGCAAUAAAAAAUUACUUGAAAAAAAUUAAAGAGUUAUCUACUGUGGGAAAAGAAUACCUGGAUGAAGGUAUUAGUAAAAUGUCCAAUAAACCAGAUGAUAUGACGGAGAUAAAACCAAUUUUUACAGAACUAGCAACUUUUUUUAGAGGAAGUCAUGCUUUUACAACUAUUGGUAAAAUACCAACUUGUAUUUAUGUUAACUACUUGUUAAAUGUUAAACUCAGAAAUUUACACUAUUAUGAUAGUAAAUAUGAAUUUAAAUUUUUCCAAGAUUUUGCGGAUAAAUUUGCUUUAGCAGAAAGCGGUAAUACUAUAAAUUCUUGUAAUCAUGACAUGAAAUACUAUGAUGAAGUUAAAUGGAAUAGAAUUAAAACUUUAUUUACAUUGUAUGAUAAUUUUGAAAAUUUUAUAUCGUCCAUUAAAGAUAAUACUGAUUUUAAAUGUAAUGACAUCAAUUUUUUACGUAAUGAUUUUAAUGUAUUUAUAAAAAAACAUGACGGAGAAGAUGAUAAAUUAAUGGAAAAAUUAAUAAUAUUUAAAGAUUUGCUUGGAAAAAAGGUACUACAGAUUAAUGGUAACUGUCAAAAUGAAAUAAAUUAUUUCCAAUCCCCAACAAAAUAUUUACAGAAAAAGAAUCAAGAACUAGAAAAAGCAGCACAAGUAGCACAAGAAAAACAACAGCGUGCAGAAGAACAACGACGGACAACAGAACAAGUACAAGCACAAGAACGACGGGCAGAAGAACAAGAACGAGCACAACCACAAAUUCACCAAAGAACCUUAUUAACAAAUUCUCCAAAAGGUGAACAAAUACAAACAUUCAAAGAUUUUUCAGGAAGAGAGCUAUUAUUAGAAGCACAGGGGAGGGCACUAGAAAUAUCUCCAUCAAAAAGACAUGAAGGUUCUCAAGGACAUAUAUUUAGAGACACAACACGAUUUACACCAAAACCAUUAAGACAUGACCAAGAAAGUUUGGAAUAUCCAGAAGAAAAAACUGAAGGAGGAAUGCAUCAACCAGAUUAUCGAGGAUCGAAUGCAGCCCCUAAGGAAGGAGGAGUAUCAGGAAUAUUAAGUUCCAUUAGCGGAGUUUUAGGUGACGUUGACCCCGUACCAGUCGUUGGUGUAUCUGGUGGGAUGGGUGCUUUAUUCUUACUUUUUAGGUAUACUCCAAUUGGAGCCUUCUUUAGAGGAGGAAGAGGACGCGUACAUAGAAUUCCCCGUAGUUUCAAUGGACCAUUCCCAGGAGGAUUUCCUGGAUAUGAAGAAUAUGAUGUUGGGCAUAUUGGAUAUGGUCCGAUGAAUCCUCUAGCGGAAUAG